GCUUGAUAUACCCGACAUCUCAACACAUUUCACGAUACAGCCUGAUGCCUCUUCCUUUAGGUACAACUAUACGGUUGAGAAAGAAGAUUUGAGAAUGGAGGACUAGAACUCUUAUCGUUAUUCUGAAGUUUCUGUCGAGAAAAUAUGGACUUUGACAGCAAGCAGGUCGCUCCAACCAGAUCAGCAACUAACUUCGACAAUAAUUUCAGAUCGCAAUCAUUCUCAAGCAUAAAAAGAAAUGCAGGCUUUCAAGCUCAGUCCGAAGACAAGCUCGACGAGACGAGUUCAACCGCCUCACUCUCAACUACUAGCAAAGCCAUAAAAUGUCUGGUGUGUAAACGAGAGGAACUCGUACUCGAUCCUUUAUAUCGUUGUUCAAAAUGUUUAGCCCGAUGGCAUGCUAGUUGUCAUAAGCCACGUCCACCGGUUGGAGCUGACAUCACUGAUUGGUACUGCAAUCAUUGUAUUAGAAAACAUGGCCUACCACCAACAGAGUUUUCACCAGAGAGGCAAUCGCUGGGCGGUGUGUGUGAGAUACCUGGAUGCAACAAGCAGAUUUACAGCAUGUUGGGUAAAACCAAAGAUGAUAGAGUCUUGUGUACUCUGCACGAGAUGACAGAGAAAAAUAAGAGGUCUAAGCUUGCUAGCAAAGCACAAAUAUCAGCCAUGUCAAGACCGGUCUCGAAACCUAUCAAAAAAACAAGACUUUACCCUGUUAAGUAUGACGAGGACAUGCAAGGAAUGAAGCGUAAACGAGGUAGAAAGCCUGGAGAUUUGAAUAAUAAGCAAAUGCCUCCAAGUAGUUUUUCUGUUCAGUCAGUUUCCAAUGAUAAAUUAACCGCAAGACCUCAGGAGACUUCAAAUUCGGAGGGCCCGUUGUCGACUCUAGGACCGCGACCUCCCCGGGCUGAAAACUUGCCCCAUUCUCCCACAUCGAGGAAACUCCCUCAAUCACAAAUGAGAACAAGCAAAGCACCGAAUAUGGACGGUAGCCGGAAGGGUAAACCUAAAAUUCCGAGUCGAACCAUAAUUCAAUCAACGUCAGAACUCCCAUCGUCGCCAGAGUAUGAGCCUCCACCGCCAGGUGAAAUCAAAGAUAAUAUUAGCUGUUCGCCAGAGUAUGAGCCUCCACCGCCAGGUGAAAUCAAAGAUAAUAUUAGCUGUUCGCCAGAAUACGAACCACCGUCGCCAGAUAAAGUUGACAGUGAUGUCAAUAUUUGGCAAUCUGACGUGGAGCAACUCGAUAUUGAACAGGACGAUAGCCCUGGCUCUCAAAUACAAGACGAGCUCAGAGUUUUGCAGAAAAGUGGACGACCGCUUGAAACAGUAUCAACCUCUGCGGAGAAUCAGAAUCCUGAUAGCAAAGCUUCCCUCCUCGACCGAAAAGAGGUUGUCGAGGAACAAUCCUCGGCAGCUUCUUCUACGAUCCCAUUUCUAACAAUUCCUUUGAUCAGGAAGCCAUUAAAGCCUAUAUCACCAGAGUCUAAUCUAGAUACCACAGCUCAAAACAUGCAGUUCCUUAACCCAGAAAGUGAAAACCGCGACGUCUUAUGUCUAGCUCAGAAGCAAAAAGCUGAAACUAUGGUUGCAAAAAAGAUAGCUCCGUCUAAGCAAGUACUUCAUCAUCAAAAAAUCAUCAAUAAUGCAAUGAAUCAGUUUAUACCUCUCCAGCCCACCGAAAAUUCUCGGGAGUUGGAGUCUACGGUUUCACAAUUAUACCAGGAGGGACCGAACCAGGAGAGAUCGAACCAACAGAGUCCGAACCAGCAAGAGCCGAAGCACUCUGCGCCACUUUAUGGCGAUUACAAGCCCAACACUAUCGAGUAUCAACGUCAAUUGCGCUGCUUAACAUAUGAUCCCAGCGUUCUUGAUCAUUAUCUAGAUCUACAGAAAGAAUCACAGGCUAGGGCUGAGGUUGAAAAAGAACAGAACAUUAUGCCCCAAUCAGAUAAUGCCGCCGAAAUGCAAAUCUGGGGUAAUAUUGAUCCUAGAGUCGUCUGGCCAAAAGAACAAUCUGAGAGUUGGUACGAGGCUAAACGUAAAGAAAUCGAUGCACGGGGUGGAAAGAAAGCGAAUUUUGGGAUAUUACUUACGGCACAAGUGAGAAAGGAGAGAGCGGAUAGGGGUUGGCAUCUUAAUCAGAACAAAGAAUAUGUUCCCAAGGCGGACAGAAAAGGUGGUUCGAUCUUUGUGGGAGAUGAUGAUAGUCGAGACGAUAUCGAAUUGGCGAUUAGGGGUGGAAAAUUAGGAGUUCUUGUACCGGUGACAGGAAGGGACGGGAAAAAAACUUCGAAAAAGCAAUUUCUCCCAAAAGAUAUUUGAUGGGUAAUUGGGAGUAUGGAUUGGGGUUCCGUUUUCUUGGGGCGUUUGGUUUGGAUGUGGGAACGAUGAUUUAUGACCCCCUUACACUCUUACAUGGCCUCUAAUUGGAGUAGAUAGGAGUGUGGCAUAAUGGAUAACUAUGGGCGAGACUGGGAAAGUCUCAGAUGUCACGGAGUCUUUUGGUACUACCCACAUAACAUACAUACAAGAGGGUAUGAAAAUGGAUAUACAAUGCAUUAACA